GGGGAUGGAUGCGGAGAGGGGAGGAGAAGGAGAGAGCCGGGACGAGACGCGCUUGCAAGUCAAGAGCCCAUCAGAGCGCAAUGAGAAGCGAGGAAAGUUUCAGCCGGGCUCUGGCUUGCUUGGAGGCGCGCGCGCGCGCGCGGGCGGGUGUCUGUGUUUGGGGGUCGCGCGCGGGCGGGCGGGCGAGCAGGAGGCUGUGGCUCCUUCAGCGGCUUCUUCUCGUCUUUCUCCUCCUCCCUCUUCUUCUUCCUUCUUCUCCCCUCAGAGCCGAGCAGCUGAGCCAUCUGAAAGGGGCUCUUCCUUCAUAAAGUGCAGGCGGAGGAUGAAGCGCUGCGCCCAAGUCGCUUGAGGAGAACGAAGAACUUUGGGAUUACAAAGAGCGCCAAGCCAGUUGGCUAGAAUAAUUCCCCCAAGAGUGCUCUCCUCACUCUCUCGGAUACUUCUAGUUUUCUCUCACUUUGGGGGAACUUUUUGACCCAGCGUAGGGGGCUGGCGGAGGCUCCUGAGCCCAGGCGUCGAGGCGAGGGAUGCCCCAAACCCGAGGAGCCUGGCGCUGAAGGGAGGAGAGCGCUCUCCUCGCGAUGCCCAGGAGAAGCUCCCGCUGCCGCCGACAGAAGCCGCUCCUCCCGUGGAGGAAACGAGACGAAGCAACGGGAGUCCGAAGAGCAGCGUGAAGGAGGAGAAAGUGGAGGAAAGACCCGCCCGCGUCGCUCCUUCUCCGACGAAGAAGAGGAAAGGAAGGAGCGGCAGUCCGGUUGAGACCUGUGGCAGUCCCUUCCCCUCCCUCUCCAUCGCUUCACCGGGACGUUUUGCUGCGAGGAAAGGGCUUGCUGGACUUGACUAGACUGGACUCUCCCUCUUGAGGACAUUGGGCUUCUUUUUGCUCGUGUGGACACUUUCUUUUAGCGUCUCGAGGAAGAGUCCCUCCUUUUGGAGUCCAACGGAGAUGCUGGCGGCUCUGGAGAGACCGGCGGCCUCACCUGGGCGCCUCAGGGGAUGAGGCCACAUUUAGGGGACUUUGGGCUCAUCCGGAGCUGCUCCCUUCCACCUUGGCUUGGAUUUGGGCAUUGCCUCACUUGCCUCACCUGCGCCAUGGCCCCCCUGGGGAUGGGCGACAAGGCCUCCUCUGCCUGGCUCACAGGCCUGGCCUUGCUUUUGCUGUUGCCACCUUCCUCAGCGGAACCCAGGCAGAUCUUCCGAGUUUUGGAGGAGCAGCCCCCAGGCACCUGGGUGGGCACCAUCGCCACCCGUCCGGGCUUCACCUACCGCUUGAGUGAGCACCAUGCUCUCUUCUCCAUCAACGCCACCUCGGGAGACCUUCACACUCGUGCCAUCAUUGAUCGGGAGAGCCUGCCCACUGAUGUGGUGGACUUGGUGGUGCUCUCCAGCCAGCCCACCUAUCCCAGCGAAGUACGCAUCGUGGUGCUGGACCUCAAUGACAAUGCGCCCAUCUUCCCUGACCCUUCCAUCAUGGUGACGUUCAAGGAGGACACGGGCAGCGGCCGACAGCUGAUCCUGGACACGGCGACCGAUGCGGACAGCGGGACAAACGGCGUGGACCACAGCUCUUACCGCAUUGUGGGGGGCAAUGAAGGAGGCCGCUUCCGGCUCAACAUCACGCUCAAUCCCAGUGGGGAAGGGGCUUUCUUGCACUUGGUCUCACGGGGUGGGCUGGACCGAGAGGCCACACCUGCCUACCAGCUGCUCUUGCAAGUGGAGGACAAAGGGGAGCCGCGGAAGCGUGGAUACUUACAAGUCAAUGUCACGGUGCAGGAUAUCAAUGACAACCCCCCUGUUUUUAGUCAGACCCUCUAUCAAGCCCGAGUGCCAGAGGAUGCACCUGUCGGAGCCAGUGUUCUGCAGGUGACAGCGGCAGAUGCUGAUGAGGGCACUAACGCCGACAUCCGCUAUCGUCUGGAGGGAGCAGAUAAUGUUGGUGUUGAUGGAGCUGGAGCUCUUCCUUUUGAAGUGGACCCAGAAAGCGGGGUUAUCCGUAUCCGGGAGGCAUUGGACUAUGAGUUACGACGGCAGUACUCUCUAACAGUUCAGGCUAUUGAUCGAGGAGUGCCAGCUUUAAGUGGCCGUGCUGAGGCUCUGAUCCGUUUGCUGGAUGUGAACGAUAAUGAGCCACGGGUCAAAUUCCGCUACUUCCCAGCCACAUCCCGCUUUGCCUCGGUAGAUGAGAACGCGGCACCUGGCACAGUGGUGGCAUUGUUGACUGUCAGCGAUGCUGAUUCACCAGCAGCCAAUGGGAAUAUUUCUGUGGCCAUCUUGGGUGGGAAUGAACAGCGCCAUUUUGAGGUUCAGAGCAGCAAAGUGCCCAACCUCAGCCUUAUCAAAGUGGCAGCUGCUCUUGACCGGGAACGCAUACCCACCUAUAACCUUACUGUGGCUGUGACUGACAACUUUGGGGCUCCUGCACCAUCACCAGGGCCAGUCCCUUCUUCUCUGAGCCCUGAUGGAGCUGUUUCUGCUCCAGUAAGCCGCUCCUCUGUAGCUAGCCUGGUGAUCUUUGUAAAUGAUAUCAAUGAUCACCCACCUGUCUUUGGACAGUCAGUGUAUCAAGUGAAUAUCAGUGAAGAGGUGCCACCUGGCAGCUAUGUAGAAGGCCUGAGUGCUACAGAUCGGGACUCGGGUCUUAACGCCAACCUCAAGUACAGCAUAGUUUCUGGCAAUGACCUGGGCUGGUUCUGUAUUAGUGAGCACAGUGGCCUAGUCACUACCACCAAAAGCCCAGAUACUCCCAUGGCCAGAGCUCUGCUGGGUGAAUCUAGUCCAAGUAUAACAGCAUCUGGUGGGCUGGAUCGAGAAAUAGCUUCACAUGUGGUGCUGAACAUCAGUGCCCGAGACCAAGGUGUGCAGCCCAAAAUUUCCUAUGCACAGUUGGAAGUGAAUAUCCUGGAUGUUAAUGAUGAGAGGCCCCGAUUUAGCCAGCCAGAUGGUUAUCAUGUGUCUGUGGCAGAAAAUUCCCCUUCAGGGACUGAAUUGCUAGUCCUAACUGCUAUUGAUGGUGACUUGGGAGAUAAUGGGACUGUGCGCUUCUCUUUGCAAGAAACUGAGCCAGGGGUGUUGGCAGGUGGCCCUUUGGUUGCUCCAUGGAGGAUAUUUCGCUUGGAUCCUGUAUCAGGAAGGCUCAGUACAAUUUCACAGCUAGACAGGGAGGAACAGGGACACUACUCACUGCAAGUCUUGGCCACUGAUUUGGGCUAUCCUGCCUUAUCCUCAGUGGUUCAGGUCAAUGUGAGCUUGCUUGAUGUAAAUGAUAACAGCCCCUUAUUUUAUCCUGUCCAAUAUUUUGCCCAUAUCCAAGAAAAUGAACCUGCAGGCAGCUAUGUUGCCACUGUGUCUGCCAGCGACCCUGACCUUGGUAUCAAUGGGACAGUCAGGUUCACCAUCUCGGCAGGUGACACCUCCAGGUUUCAGAUUCAUAAUCAGACUGGGGUUAUCACUACCAAAACAGUCCUGGAUAGAGAGGAGAAGACUGCUUACCAACUACAAAUAGGUGCCAGUGAUGGUGGUAACCUGCAAUCACAAAACCAGGCCAUAGUUACAGUCAAUGUCUUGGAUACUCAGGAUAAUCCUCCAGUGUUUAGUCAGGAUACCUACAGUUUUGUGGUGUUUGAAAAUGUUGCCUUGGAUUACCAUGUAGGCAGUGUUUCCGCUUCCACUAUGGAUCUCAACACCAACAUCACUUACCUUAUCACAAUGGGUGACCAAAGGGGUAUGUUUGAAAUUAACAAAGUGACUGGCCUGAUCACCACAGCUAGUGUUAUUGAUAGGGAAGAGCAGGCAUUUUACCAGCUGAAAGUUGUGGCAAGCGGUGGAGCAAUCGCAGGGGAUGCUUUGGUCAAUAUAACUGUCAGAGAUUUAAAUGACAAUUCCCCCCAUUUUCUGCAUGCAGUGGAAAGUGUGAAUGUGGUUGAGAACUGGAGUACUGGGCAUACCAUAUUCCAAGCUAAAGCUGUUGAUCCUGAUGAAGGUAUUAAUGGCAUGGUCCUUUACAGCCUGAAACAGAAUCCAAAGGACCUAUUUAAUGUCAAUGAGCAAAGUGGUGCCAUCAGUUUGACAGGGCCUCUGGACAUAAAUGCUGGGUCUUAUCAAGUGGAGAUUAUGGCUUCUGACUUGGGAGUUCCUAGGCGCUCCUCUAGCUUUAUUUUAACUGUUUCUGUUCAUGAUGUAAAUGACAACUCACCAGUGUUUGACCAACUGUCCUAUGAAGUCACAAUUUCUGAACUGGAGCCUGUGAACUCCAGAUUUUUUAGUGUGCAUGCUUCUGACAAAGAUUCAGGUGAAAACGGAGAAAUAGCUUAUAACAUAAUCGAGGGAAACACUGGAGAUGCCUUUGGCAUUUUUCCAGAUGGUCAGCUAUAUAUAAAAAGUGAACUGGACCGUGAACUUCAAGAAAGAUACACAUUAGUAGUUGCAGCUUCUGAUAGAGCAGUCGAACCUCUCAGUGCCACUGUAAAUGUCAGUGUAAUUCUAGAAGAUGUAAAUGAUAAUAGACCACUGUUUAAUAGUACCAAUUAUGUUUUUUAUUAUGAAGAGGAACAAGUUGGUGGUUCAUUUGUGGGUAAAAUUAGUGCUUUUGACAAAGACUCUGGAUCUAAUGGUGAAGUCAGAUACUCAUUUGAGCACAUGCAGCCUGACUUUGAAUUGAAUGCAAUCAGUGGAGAGAUAAAGAGUACUCAUCAGUUGGACAGAGAAUCCCUCAUGAGGCAAAGGGGAACUGCUGUGUUUACAUUUACAGUUAUUGCAAUGGAUCAGGGGUUGCCAAAGCCUUUAAUGGAUCAAGCAACAGUUCAGGUUUACUUGAAGGAUAUAAAUGACAAUGUGCCAAAGUUUUUAAAAGAACUUUAUCAAGCUACAGUAUCAGAGUUAGCUGCAAACCUGACACAGGUUUUAAGGGUUUCUGCUUCAGAUGUUGAUGAAGGUAAGAACGGACUGAUCCACUAUUCUGUAAUUAAGGGCAAUGAAGAAAAGCAAUUUACAAUAGAUAACAGCACAGGCCAGGUGACUUUGAUUGGCAAACUGGAUCACGAAGCUACUGCAUCUUACUCACUCACCAUCCAGGCAGUAGAUUCUGGAGCAGUUUCCCUCAGCUCAGUGUGUACAUUGAACAUUGAAGUUCUGGAUGAAAAUGACAACACUCCUUCCUUCCCCAAAUCAACUUUAUUUGUUGAUGUCUUGGAAAACAUGAGAAUUGGGGAACUGGUCUCUUCUGUCACUGCCACUGAUUCUGAUUCGGGGGACAAUGCAGACCUUCACUACAGUAUUACAGGGACAAAUAAUCAUGGAACAUUUAGCAUCAGUCCCAAUACUGGCAGCAUUUUCCUUGCCAAAGCAUUGGAUUUUGAAACACAGUCAAUGUACAAACUUAACAUAACAGCAAAAGACAAAGGAAGGCCUCCUCAGUCUUCUACCAUGUCCGUUGUAAUAUAUGUCAGGGAUUAUAAUGACAACCCACCUAAGUUCCCACCUGGGGACAUUUUCAAGUCCAUUGUUGAGAACAUUCCUGUUGGGAGUUCUGUCAUUUCUGUAACAGCUCAUGAUCCAGAUGCAGAUAUUAAUGGGCAAUUAGUAUAUACAAUCAUUCAGCAGAUGCCAAGGGGGAACCAUUUCCAAAUAGAUGAAGUCAAAGGAACAAUAUAUACCAGUGCUGAAAUAGACCGGGAAUUUGCUAAUCUCUUUGAAUUGACAGUGAAAGCCAUUGACCAGGCUGUCCCUGUAGAAUCUAGAAGAUUUGCUUUGAAGAAUGUGACCAUUCUAGUAACUGACCAGAAUGACAAUGUCCCUGCUUUUGUUUCACAAAAUGCUCUUGCUGCCGACCCCUCUGUCAUGAUUGGUACAGUCCUAACUACUAUUGUUGCUGCUGAUCCUGAUGAAGGGGCAAAUGGGGAGGUUGAAUAUGAAAUAAUCAAUGGAGACAGAGACAUCUUCAUUGUGGAUCGCUACAGUGGAGAACUGAGAGUGUCAUCGCCUUUAGUACCAUCACAGCUCAUGUACACAUUUAUAGUUUCAGCCACUGAUCUUGGUGCUGAGAGGAGGAAGUCAACCACGGAGAUGACUGUACUUCUACAAGGACUUGAGGGGCCUGUUUUUACUCAGCCAAAGUAUAUUACCAUUUUGAAAGAAGGUGAACCAAUUGGGACAAAUGUGAUAUCGAUAGAAGCAGCUAGUCCUAGAGCGAAUGAAGGUCCUGUGGAGUAUUUCAUAGUCUCAGUGCGUUGUGAAGACAAGAUGUUUGGUCGACUCUUUACCAUUGGUCGCCAUACUGGUGUGAUCCAGACAGCUGCUAUUUUGGAUAGAGAACAAGGAGCACGGCUAUAUCUCGUGGAGGUUUAUGCCAUUGAAAAGUCUGCUGCAUCGCCACGAACCCAAAAAGCAGAGGUAGAAAUAACUCUUCAAGAUGUCAAUGACAACCCACCAGUGUUUCCCACAGAUAUGCUUGAUUUGACUGUUGAAGAGAAUAUAGGAGAUGGGUCUAAAAUAAUGCAGCUGACAGCCAUGGAUGCUGAUGAGGGGGCAAAUGCUCUGGUAACAUACACUAUCAUCAGUGGUGCAGAUGGCAGCUUUCAUAUUGAUCCAGAAUCAGGAGAAUUGAUAGCCACCAAGCGUUUGGACCGAGAACGCCGCUCCAAAUAUUCUCUGCUGGUCCGUGCUGAUGAUGGCUUACAGUCUUCAGAUAUGAGAAUAAACAUAACUGUUAGUGAUGUUAAUGAUCAUAUUCCCAAAUUCUCCAAGUUAUGGUAUUCUUUUGACAUCCCAGAAGAUACUACUCCAGGUUCUUUAGUUGCAGCCAUCUUAGCUACUGAUGAAGAUUCUGGUGUAAAUGGAGAAAUCACAUAUUCUGUUAGUGAAGAUGAUGGAGAUGGAACAUUCUUCCUAAAUCCAGUAACUGGUGUUUUUAACUUAACUUGCAUGCUGGACUAUGAGUUGCAGCAAUAUUACAUCCUUACAAUUCGUGCAGAAGAUGGAGGCAGACAGUCCACCACUGUCCGAGUUUAUAUCAACAUAUUAGAUGUAAAUGAUAAUGCACCAGUAUUCAGCAUGGAUUCUUACAGCACAUCUUUGAUGGAGAACUUGCCUCCAGGAUCAACUAUCUUUCUUUUCAAUGUUACUGAUGCAGAUGAUGGUUCGAACUCACAAUUGUCCUACAGUAUUACUUCUGGAGAUAGCUUGGGCCAAUUUAAUAUUGACAAAAAUGGGAUUCUAAGCAUCAGGCAACUACUAGACCGUGAAAGCCAAUCUUUCUACAGCCUCAUUGUUCAAGUUCAUGAUAUGGCUUCUCUUCCAACCUCACGAUUCACAAGUACAACACAAGUCUCUAUUAUUCUGCUUGAUGUGAACGAUAACCCUCCAAGUUUUAUCUCUCCUAAGUUGACUUACAUUCCAGAGAAUACACCUGUUGAUACUAUUGUAUUCAAAGCUCAAGCCACUGACCCAGACAGUGGUCCAAACAGUUACAUUGAGUAUAAUCUUUUAAAUCCUUCAGGGGAGAAGUUCAGUAUUGGUACCAUUGAUGGUGAAGUAAGGCUUACUGGAGAACUUGACAGAGAAACAGUUUCUAAUUAUACUUUGACUAUAAUUGCUACAGAUAAAGGUCAACCAUCUCUUUCUUCAUCUACUAAUGUUGUUGUGGUAGUCCUUGACAUCAAUGACAAUAACCCUGUCUUUGCUCAAAAAUUAUAUAAAAUUGAGAUUGCAGAAAGUAUUCUCACAGGGACAGAUGUGGUCCAGGUGUUUGCAGCAGAUGGAGAUGAGGGUUCCAAUGGGCAAGUUCGCUAUGCCAUCAUCAGUGGAAAUAUGAAUAAUGAGUUUCGGAUUGACUCUGUCACAGGUGUAAUAACUGUAGCUAAACCUUUGGAUCGAGAGAAGAAACCUUCAUAUUCUUUAAAAGUUCAGUCAGCUGAUCGGGGAAGUAGCCCACGAAUUGAUACCACUACAGUCGACAUUAUUCUGAUAGAUGUUAAUGACUAUAUACCUACAUUUGAAUUAUCUCCAUAUUCCGUAAAUGUCCCAGAAAAUUUGGAAAAAUUACCUAAGAUCAUUCUUCAGGUUAUAGCACGGGAUGAUGAUCAAGGCCUAAAUAGCAAAUUGACCUAUCUUCUUAUUGGUGGAAAUGAAGAUGGAGCCUUUACACUCUCACCCAGUGGAGAGCUCCACCUUGUGCAGAGCUUGGAUCGAGAGAGAAAAGAACAAUAUGUUAUGCUCAUCACAGCAACCGAUUCAGGAAGUCCUACCCUUACUGGUACUGGUACUAUUGCUGUCAAAGUAGAUGAUGUCAAUGACAACAUCCCCAAAUUUGCCUUUAACAUGUAUUUGAAAACCAUUCCAGAGGAUGCGCCUACAGGGACAGAUGUGUUGCUUGUAAACUCCUCAGAUGCUGAUGCAUCAGUGAAUGCUAUCAUCAGUUACAGCCUUAGUGGUGGAAAUUCACAGUUCACUAUCAACCCUUCCACUGGGCAGAUCAUCACAAGUGCUUUGUUGGACAGAGAGACUAAGGAGAAUUACACUUUGAUCAUUGUGGCCAGGGACGGUGGCUUCCCAAAUGCUCUUUCCAGUUCUACAAGUGUUCUUGUCACUGUUGCUGAUGUCAAUGACAACCCCCCCAAAUUUCAACAUCAUCCUUAUGUCACUCAUAUUCCCUCACCAACAAGUUCAGGUACAUUUGUUUUUGCUGUGACAGUUACCGAUGCUGAUGCUGGACCAAAUGCUGAACUUCACUAUUCCCUUUCGGGAAAGAAUUCUGGAAAAUUCCACAUUGAUCCCUCACGAGGAGCAAUUAUGGCUUCUGAGCGACUGACUGGAACUUCUGAAAUGACUUUUACAGUUAAUGUGAAGGAUGGAGGUGUGCACCCAAAGACAGAUUCUACAACUGUGACUGUAAGAUUUGUGAACAGAGCAGAUUUUCCUCAUGUUCAAGCUGAACGGCACAGUUUCACAUUUCCUGAAAAUCAAGCAUCUAGCACCUUUGUCACUUCCAUUUCUGGAGUGUCUUCCAGAGGCGAUUCCUUAUCUUACUAUAUUGCUAGUGGUAACCUUGGCAGCACUUUCCAGAUUGACCAAUUAACAGGCCACUUCUCCAUCAGCCAACCUCUAGAUUAUGAAGCAAUACAGAAAUAUGUUGUCUGGAUUGAAGCAAGAGAUAUGGGCUUUCCUCCAUUUUCUUCUUAUGCAAAACUUGAAAUAACAGUGAUAGAUAUAAAUGAUAACAUGCCAGUAUUUGAACAAGAUCCCUUUAUUGUUGAAGUGGCAGAGAAUAUUUCACCUUCUAAAAUAAUUACUGUAACUGCUACAGACAAAGACAGUGGCCCAAAUGGGCAGUUAAAUUAUGAAAUAAUUAGUGGUAAUGUUGACAACAGUUUCAGUAUCCAUCGUGCAAAUGGUGAAAUUAGAAGUGUCAGGCCUUUAGACAGAGAGAAUGUGGCCCAAUACACACUAACGAUAAAAGCUUCAGACAGAGGCACCCCAGUUCAGAGUACAACUGUGCAGGUACUUAUCAAUGUACUUGAUGAAAAUGACAACGCACCCAAAUUUUCUCAAAUAUUCAGUGCUCUUGUACCAGAAAAUGCACCCUUGGGUUACACUGUUACACGAGUCACAACAUCUGAUGAAGAUAUUGGAGUAAAUGCUGUCAGCAGAUAUUCACUAAAGGAAACAAAUACACCAUUUGUCAUAAAUCCCAACACAGGGGAUAUAACAAUUAGCAGACUCCUAAACCGAGAAGAUGCAGAUCGCUACAGAAUCAGAGUUUCAGCACAUGAUUCUGGGUGGACAGUGAGCACAGAUGUGACCAUAUUUGUGACGGAUAUCAAUGACAAUUCUCCACGGUUUACAAAACCAUCUUAUUACUUGGAUUGUCCUGAACUUAAUGAAAUUGGAUCUAAGGUGACCCAGAUAUCUGCAACAGAUCCAGAUGAAGGAUCUAAUGGACAAGUUUUUUAUUUCAUCAAAUCCCAAUCAGAAUUUUUCAGAAUUAAUGCAUCUACAGGGGAGAUCUUCAAUAAACAACCUUUAAAAUUCCAAAAUUCUAGUGGCUCUGGCAAUGCCAAUCUUAAUAGGCACAGUUUCAUAGUUACCUCCUCUGACCGAGGCAGCCCUCCUUUGUUGAGUGAGACAACAGUCACAAUUAAUAUUGUAGAUAGUAACGACAAUCCACCUCAUUUUCUCGCAAGUCAGUAUUUUACACCUGCCACUAAAAAUGUAGCUGUUGGGACAAAACUAAUUAAAGUUACUGCUGUUGAUGCUAAAGACUUCGGUUUAAAUUCAGAAGUGGAAUAUCUACUUUUAAAUAAUAAUAACCUAGAGGGUAAAUUUAAUCUGGAUCAUAACACAGGCUGGAUUUCAGUAGGAUCUUCACUAAUGAAUGAUAUGAAUAAAAACUUUUUAAUGAAAGUAAAAGCUAAGGACAAAGGUAAUCCCCCUCUCUCGUCAGAAGUGACUGUGCAAAUAGUAGUCACAGAAGAGAAUUAUCAUACUCCAGAAUUCUCUCAAAGUCAUGUGAGUAUUACUGUUCCUGAAAGUCAUGCUGUUGGAGUUAUUCUCAGGACUGUAUCAGCAAGGGACAAAGAUGCUGCUAUGAAUGGACUAGUCAAAUACAAUAUUUCCUCAGGAAAUGAAGAUGGGAACUUUGCAAUUAACGCAUCUACUGGAGCAUUGAGUCUUGCUAAGCCUCUUGAUUAUGAAGUAUGCCAGAAGCAUGAGAUGACUGUUAGUGCUAUAGAUGGUGGAUGGGUUGCUAGAACGGGGUACUGUAGCAUAACAGUGAAUGUUAUGGAUAUGAAUGAUAAUUCACCAGCUUUUAGCCCAGAGGACUACUUUCCAAGCGUUUUAGAAAAUGCUCCUAGUGGAACGACUGUUAUUCAUCUCAGUGCAACUGAUGCUGAUUCAGGAGCUAACGCUGUGGUUGCAUACGCAGUUCAGUCUUCAGAUAGUGACCUUUUUGUUAUUGACCCUAAUACUGGAAUCAUUACUACUCAAGGCUUUUUGGAUUAUGAAACAAAACAGAGCUAUCAUUUAACCAUAAAGGCCUUUAAUGUGCCUGAUGAGGAGAGGUGCAGCUUUGCUAAUGUCAAUAUCCACCUAAAAGGUACAAAUGAGUAUGUGCCACGAUUUGUUUCUAAGCUAUACUAUUUUGAGGUUUCUGAAGCAGCUUCUAAAGGCACUAUAGUGGGAGAAGUAUUUGCAAGUGACCGUGAUACGGGAGCUGAUGGGGAGGUCCACUAUCUAAUAUUUGGCAACAGCAGAAAAAAGGGUUUCCAGAUUGAUGGCAGUAGUGGACAGAUUUAUGUCACAGGUUCUCUUGAUAGGGAAAAGGAAGAAAGAAUCUCACUCAAGGUGCUUGCAAAAAAUGCAGGAAGCAUUCGUGGUGCUGAUAUAGAUGAAGUAGCUGUAAAUAUCACAGUACUGGAUGCAAAUGAUCCACCUGUUUUCAACUUGGAAGUCUACAAUGUUCAAAUCAGUGAAGGUGUCCCUGUAGGGACCCAUGUCACAUUUGUCAGUGCCUUUGACUCAGACUCUCUCCCUAGCUGGAACAGAUUUUCUUAUUUUAUUGGUAAUGGUAACCACAAUGGUGCCUUCUCUAUUAACCCACAAACAGGACAAGUUACAGUAACUGCAGAGCUGGAUCGGGAAACUUUACCAGUAUACAACCUAUGUGUGUUAGCAAUAGACUCAGGAGCCCCCUCAGCCACAGGAAGUGCCUCUUUAUUGAUCACUCUGGAAGAUAUAAAUGACAAUGGGCCCAUCCUUUCCACCACUGAAGGUGAAAUAAUGGAAAAUAACAGAGCAGGAACACUUGUGAUGACCCUUCAAUCAUCUGAUCCUGAUCUUCCACCAAAUCAAGGCCCUUUUUCAUAUCAUUUGCUUAGUACUGGCACAGCAACUAGUUAUUUUAGUCUCAAUACUGCUGGAGUUUUAAGCACAACUAGAGAGAUUGACAGAGAACAAAUCUGUGAUUUUUAUUUAUCUGUGAUUACAAGAGAUUCAGGUAUACCACAGAUGUCUUCCACAGGAACUGUACACAUAAAGGUAAUAGACCAAAAUGAUAACCCAUCCCAGCCUAGAACAGUAGAGGUCUUUGUUCAUUAUUAUGGGAAUCUGUUCCCUGGAGGAACAUUAGGCAAUGUAAAACCUCAGGAUCCAGAUGUUUUAGACAGCUUUCAAUGCUCUCUUACAUCAGGAGUUACAACCCUAUUCAAUAUUCCACCAGGAACUUGCAAUUUGAAUUCCUUGGCAAGGUCUACAGAUGGGACAUUUGAUUUGACAGUUCUGAGUGAUGAUGGGUUACACAACUCAGUCACCAGUAGUGUUCGAGUUUUCUUUUCAGGAUUCAGUAAUGCCACCAUUGACAACAGUAUACUUCUUCGUCUUAGUGUACAAUCAUUGAGGGAAUUUUUGACAAACCAUUACCUUCAUUUUCUGCGAAUUACCAAUUCACAGCUCACUGGAUUAGGGACUGCUGUGCAACUCUAUGGAAUUUAUGAGGAGAACAAUCGAACUUUCCUGAUGGCAGCUGUGAAGCGGGGCAACUAUCACUAUGUGAAUCCUGGUGGUGUGACUACUUUCUUUGAAAGCAUCAAAGACAUUCUCUUCCGUCAAAGUGGAGUGCGAAUAGAGUCUGUGGAUCAUGACUCAUGUUUACAAAAUCCUUGUCAAAAUGGAGGCAGCUGUUUGAGAAAACUUGGUGUGAGUCCUACAUUACAGAGCCAUGAGAGUGUUCCAGUGAUCAUCAUGGCAAAUGUUCCUCUAAAGCCUUUUACAUGCAAAUGCAUGCCAGGAUAUGAUGGGACAUUGUGUGAAACAGAUGUAGAUGAAUGUCUCCCAUCCCCUUGUCACAAUUCUGGAACAUGCCACAACCUGGUUGGAGGAUUCACUUGCAGCUGUCCUAGUGGUUUUACUGGAAUGGCAUGUGAAAGGGACAUCAAUGAAUGCCUGUCCAGCCCUUGUAAGAACGGUGCACUCUGCCAGAACUUCCCAGGAAGCUUCAACUGUGUUUGCAAAACAGGUUAUACAGGGAAAAUCUGUGACUCCAAUGUCAAUUACUGUGAAUGCAAUCCAUGUUUCAAUGGAGGUUCUUGUCAGAGUGGGGUGGAAGGAUAUUACUGCCAUUGUCCAUUUGGUGUUUUUGGAAAGCACUGUGAAGUAAAUAGCUAUGGAUUUGAAGAACUCUCAUACAUGGAAUUCCCCAGUAUGGAUCCAAACAACAAUUACAUUUACAUAAAAUUUGCAACUAUCAAAAGUAAUGCUUUGAUAUUAUAUAAUUAUGACAACCAAACUGGAGAUCGGGCAGAGUUCCUAGCCCUUGAAAUAACAGAAGAGAGGCUGAGAUUUUCAUACAACCUUGGCAGUGGCACUUAUAAACUUACCACAGCAAAGAAGGUGGCUGAUGGACAAUUUCACACUGUUAUUGCCCGGAGGGCUGGAAUGGCAGCUUCUCUGACUGUGGACUCCUGCUCUGAGGAACAAGAACCAGGCUAUUGCACUGUUAGCAAUGUAGCUGUAUCUAGUGACUGGACUUUAGAUGUACAACCAAACAGAGUCACCAUUGGGGGUAUCAGAUCCCUAGAGCCAAUACUUCAAAGAAAAGGACAGGUGGAAAGUCAUGACUUUGUGGGUUGUAUAAUGGAAUUUGCAGUCAAUGGACGUCCUUUGGAACCCAGCCAGGCCUUAUCAGCUGAAGGAAUUUUAGAUCAGUGUCCUAGACUGGAAGGAACUUGUGCUGUUAGCCCUUGUCAACAUGGUGGCACAUGUGUGGAUUACUGGUCUUGGCAGCAGUGUCAUUGCAAAGAAGGACUGACAGGAAAACACUGUGAAAAACAUGUUACCGCUGACACUGCCUUGUCCUUUGAAGGCAAAGGUCGUCUUGACUACCACAUUAGACAGAAUAGGAAAUGGGAAUACGUGAUGAGACACAGCAUUGGAAAUGCUAUUUUGGAGCCCCAAAGUGUGGAUAGUGUAGAAGUCAAAUUCAGGACAAGGAGCAAAAGUGGAGUUUUAAUUAAUAUCCAGGAAAGCAGCAAUUACACCACUGUGAAGAUAAAAGGUGGGAAAGUACAAUACAUCUCUGAUGCUGGAGUUGCUGGAAAAGUGGAAAGAAGUGUUCCUGAGGUUUAUGUUUCUGAUGGCCAUUGGCAUACUGUCUUCAUUGAAAAGAAUGGAAGUUCUACAAUCCUAACAGUUGAUAAGAUCCAUAGCAGAGACAUCCUGCAUGUUACACAGGAUUUUGGAGGAUUUGGUGUCCUUACAGUUUCUCUUGGUGGAAUCCCAUCUAGCCAGACACUCAAAAAUACUGAUCCAGAUUUUGAUGGCUGCAUUGCCUAUCUGAAAUAUGGUGAAGAAAGUCUUCCCUUCAUAGGAAAACACAGCCUUGCCACUAUAUCAAAAACAGACCCCUCUGUGAAGAUUGGUUGCCGAGGGCCCAAUAUCUGUGCCAGCAAUCCCUGUGGGGGAGAAUUAAUGUGCAUUAACCAGUGGCAUACUUACAAAUGUGUGCCUCCUGGAGCCUGUGCCUCCAGCCCCUGUCAGAAUGGUGGCAGCUGUGAACCUGGAGAGAGAGCUGGAUUUGUAUGCAGCUGUCCUGAAGCUUACAGUGGAAGGACAUGUGACAUUAUAGUGGCUUGCCUUGGCAUCAUGUGUGCCCAUGGGCAUAUAUGUAAGGGAGGAACAAAUGGAGGCCAUCUAUGUGUCCCUCAGCCUUAUCCAGCUGAACUUUCCUUGCCAUUGUGGGCUGUUCCUGCCAUUGUUGGCAGCUGUGCUACUGUGCUGGCCUUGCUUGUGCUUAGCUUGAUCUUGUGCAACCAAUGCAAGGGAAAGAAGGCAAAAGUGCCAAAAGAGGAAAAGAAAAAGGAAAAGAAAAAGAAGGGGAGUGAGAAUGAUGCAUUUGAUGACCCUGAUAACAUCCCACCUUACGGCGAUGAUAUGACUAUUCGGAAACAGCCUGAAGGAAACCCUAAGCCUGACAUAAUUGAAAGAGAAAACCCAUAUCUUAUCUUUGAUGAGACAGAUAUACCACACAACCCAGAGACUAUACCCAGUGCCCCUCUAGCUUCCCCCGAACCAGAGAUAGAACACUAUGACAUUGACAAUGCAAGUAGCAUUGCUCCUUCAGAUGCAGAUAUCAUUCAGCAUUACAAACAGUUCCGAAGCCAUACUCCUAAAUUUUCAAUCCAGAGACAUAGUCCAUUGGGCUUUGCCAGACAGUCACCAAUGCCCUUGGGAGCAAGCAGCUUAACAUACCAACCUUCCUAUAGUCAAGGCCUAAGGACAACAUCCCUAAGCCAUUCAGCAUGUGCUACACCCAACCAUCUUUCUCGUCAUAGUCCUGCUCCAUUUUCCAAAUCAUCAACUUUCUACCGAAACAGCCCAGCAAGGGAAAUGCAUCUUUCAAUGAGAGAAGGGAGUCCUUUGGAAAUGCAUAAUGAUGUCUGUCAAACAGGCAUUUUUAACUAUCCUACUAGAUUAGGGAGAAGAAGCAAGAGCCCCCAAAUGAUGGGAACCCAUAGUUCUAGGCCAGGAAGCCGCUUAAAGCAACCAAUAGGACAGCUGGAGAGUGGUCCUCCUGUAGGACUCUCCAUUGAAGAAGUGGAGAGGCUUAACACACCACGGCCUAGAAAUCCGAGUAUCUGUAGUGCUGACCAUGGAAGGUCUUCUUCUGAAGAGGACUGCAGAAGGCCUCUGUCAAGAACACGAAAUCCAGCUGAUGGCAUUCCAGCUCCAGAAUCUUCAUCUGACAGUGAUUCCCAUGACUCUUUUACAUGUUCUGAGAUGGAGUAUGACAGGGAAAAACCCAUGGUAUACAGUUCUAGAAUGCCCAAAUUAUCUCAAGUAAAUGAGUCAGAUGCAGAUGAUGAAGACAAUUAUGGUGCCAGGUUGAAGCCGAAGAGAUACCCAGGCCGCAGAGGAGAGGGUGGUGGGCCUGUCGGUGCACAAGCAACACCACCCACCAUUCAAGACAAUGCAUCACCUUUAAAAGUUGGGCCACACAGUGGGAACUUCAACUGGGACAACCUUUUGAACUGGGGCCCAGGAUUUGGGCAUUAUGUUGAUGUUUUUAAAGAUUUGGCAUCUCUUCCAGAAAAGACAGCAGCAAAUGUAAAUGAAGAAAGCAAAAAUGGUACAACACAACCAAAAGAUGGGGAAGCUGAACAGUAUGUAUAGAACUUGAUUAUCAAAAUAGAAAAUCAUGGAACACUCAAGCCAUUCUACCAUUGCAGAUAAGAGAAGAACAGACUUCUCUUUUCUUUUUAUCCAGGGCCAGUGGUUAGGACACUUUUUUUUAUAAAAAAUCACAAUUAUGCUGCUGAAAUGGAUGAGUAAAUUUUUGUUCUUUAAUUUAAUUGGGAUUGGUUGAAUUUGCUACGUCUGCAUGCAUUAUGUUUCUAAACAAGAUAUUUGGCAUGCAGAGUUUGAAAAUAAUGUUCUAUAUUCGUUUGUGAUUUUUAAAUUAAUAAUGAUCAGUUCUAAAAAUGGACAAGACAGUUUAUUGUGAAGAGUGUAUGUGUACUCAAUUUUAAUAUGUGGUUCUGAAAUGCAAACAUGUCAAGUACAUUGUUUUUGUUGGGAGAUAUUUGUAGCAAUUCUACAGAAGCUGAAUGAAGGAACAAUUCUGUUGGGUUUCUUUGAAAGUGUGCUUCUUAUAUCCUGCGGUUGUUCAGAUCUGCAUACUUUAAAGAACGAUAAGCUUGAGUAAUGGCUGUUUUAUCUUUUUCAAUACAUGGGGUGCUAUAAACCUGCUCAAGCUCAUCAGCACUUUAAAAUUUUAAUUUUUUUUGACAAGGUUGUGUGAGAACUUCUGAAUUCUUUUCUUCUUUUCCCCCAACAGAGAGUAGUAUUUCUAGUUAGUAUGUAAACCAAGCAUCAUCAUCAAACAGUAGUAAAAGAUGAAGUCUGUUUAAAUGCACACAAUACCAAGAAUUAUUGUACAGUCUGAAUUCAAUCACUAACCUGGCAUAGCCUAGGCCAGGUUAUUAAAAGGCCUCCUCAGAUGUUGAAACAUAACUUCCGAGGUUCCUCACCAUUGGAUAUACUGGCUUGGGUUGUUAGGAACUGAAGCCCAGAAAUGUUUUGCAAACAUGAUUUCCGCCCUGGUCUAAGCAACCAUUCAACAUCACUGUUCCAUUUUUGCCAUUUGUAAAAAAAAAGAAGACAUAAAAUGGCUGUUCUACUUCACGGGAAGCUAUAUAGGGAUUAGUAUAAUUGUAUGUGUUAUUGUGAGCACUGCCUUGUCUUCAACACCUUGAAGCAAUUUUUUUUGGCUUCAUCUCAAAAUAUUCUAUGACAAGUAGCAUUUAAAAAUUUUAAAAUAAUGUUGGAAAGAGAAAUGAUUGCUUUAUUCAAACAGGAGACAGUCUAUAAAAAUAACCAUAUUGUAUCAGUUAUGAAUGGCACAGGAACCUCUUUUUCUUUUAAAAAUGCACAAUGCAACAGGGGAAAAGUAACAUUCUCUACGUGUACACAUGCAUCAUUCAUUAUACACAUAUGUUUUGGACUCAGUAUCCCAACCCAAGUGCAAAACAUUUAAAAAGUGUCCUGGUUUUGAAGGGAAAUCCUGGUAUGUUAAAAUUUCUUGUAGAAAUACCACAUAUUUCCAUGAAGCUCCUAUUGUACUGUGUAAAAAAUGGGAUUUUGGUGAGAUUUUUUCUCUCUCACUUUCCUUUUCAAGAUAAACAUGUGUUUUUGGUAUCAAUAUUUUCCUAUACUGAAUUGUUUUCUUACUUUCAGGGAAAGUAAGAAAAAUGCUUUUUUUUUACAUUUGUUACUUAUGUAACAUUCAUAUUUUCACAUUUUGAUAAAAUUGUAACAUACCGUAUUCUUUUUAUGUGUAAAUGCCAAUAAUAGAAUUAAAAUAUUUAUUUAAAA